UCUUUUCUCUUUCUUUUGUUUCGUUUCAUUUGUGUUCGUUUGGGUUUCUUUUCUGUUUUCUGUACUACCUAUUUUCUGGCAUUUAAGAGCUCUUCUUGCCUGCCUGCCUUGCAUCAGAACAGAGUUAUAACAUGUGCAGUCAUUUUUUUUUCUCUUCUUUUUGUUUUUUCCUCCUCUUUUGUCCCGGUUCGUUCUGUCGUUGCUUUGCUCAAUCAAUGUCUGGCAAUACAGUUGUAAACUUGGUUCAUGAAUCAAGACAUUUGUUUAUAUUUGGCCACUUUUCAAUCUUUCUGGGGCCAAAAAGUAAAAACAUGAAAGAGUUAAAAGCUCGUUAAGAAACCAGUUUCCUUUUUUUUUCUUUCCCUUUCCCGUUUUGGUGAAGAUCUUUUGUGCAGCCUUUUAUGUUGUAGAUCUUCUCCAGUAACUUAACUUUGUUGUAAAGUUUGUGGGUCUUUGGAAGAACCAGGAAAUUCUCCACGAUUAGAUCCGGUUUGUCUAGAAAUCAUGAAGUUCUUGGAGUUUACGAACCAGGGGUUGGGGGAUGGGAGAAGUGGAACAUUCUGGUUUCACUUCGCAUUGAGGUUCUUAUUCAAUAUAUAUUUAGGCAUUUUCUUCGUUUUACUCAUUGUCUCUCCGGACUUCUAAAGGAACUCAAAAUUCUUUUUUGGGGUUUGGAAAGCAAUCUCGUGAUUGGCUUAGGAAAUAAUCAUAUCAUGGAGUUCUGAGCCUCUGACAAAAAGAGAGGUGUUUUUCAUUUCCAGCUUUGCGCCGUGCAAUUUGCAUUUCUGAGAGAACCCAAAAUUUUCAUAUUCAAAUUGGUUCUGGAAAUAAGAAAUCCGUGAAAGCUCAGACAGUAGGAGGAAAAAAGUUGCACGGGCUUUUAAGGAGUUGGUUUGAUGGCUUUCCAUGGACCAGAAGAUGUUAAAAGAGGUUAAUCUGUUGCCAGAUGCUUUACAAGUUUAAUGCCCCAUUACCAUGUGCUGUUUGCGGUGGCCUCACUUGCCACUGCUUAUAAUAAUUCAGCUUGUAGGGCCGAGUAUUUUAAACCAGAAAACAUACGUAGUGGAAGCUUUCCAUAAUUUCAAGAGCACAGUUGGUGAUCCUCAACAGUUAAGUAGUUGGGUUGGUAGAUACCCAUGCUUAAGACAAGGAAGUGGUGUUAACAGUGCACAUAGAUUGAAAGAGCAAGCCGUUAUUUCUUUGUUGCGUGGAGCAUGUCCUCCUUGUGCUCAUAGUGGAAUAAUUAAUUUAUCACCUUGUUCUUGGAUUUUCUAUCCUCAUCACACUUCAAAUUCAGUACGAGCUGAUCUCUAUAGAUCAAGAAAAAUAAGGAUAACAGCCACAGUUGAUGGAGAUAUAAGUGUUCCAACAUUUACACCUUUGCGUGCUAAUCAUGUUAAGAAACCAAGAAAGCAGAGAUUAGCAGCCAUAAUUGGUGGUAGUGCUGGUGCAUCUCUGCUUGUCGUUGUCUCUGUACUGCUUGUCUUCAUUUGCUUGAUGCGUGCUAAGAGAAUAGUGAGAAGAACGUCGGAGACAGGAUCUUCUGUGCCAUCUCCUCUUGUUGAGUUGGCAAGAGAGCAUUGUUCUCCCCAUAUUGUUGCUUCCUCUCUAUUUGAACAACAGAAUAUUAGGCAGUUAUCCAUCGUUGAGCUGAAGGAAGCCACAUCCAACUUUAGUCAGAGUAAUAUUAUUGGUGAAGGUGGCUUCGGUUUAGUGUAUAAAGGAUUGCUUCAGGAUGGGUCUAUGAUCGCUAUCAAGAGACGUUUCCAUGACCCAAGUCGGUAUUUUGUUCAGGAGAUAGAGAACAUUGGUCAUGUCUGCCACAGACAUCUUGUCAAGCUUAUUGGUUAUUGCCAAGAAAUCCAUCAACAGUUGCUUGUUUAUGAAUACCUCCCUUAUGGAAACAUUGGGAAUUAUCUAUAUGAUCGUGAUGGUUUUCCAAUUGGAAAGUUAGACAUCCAAGGACGGUUGUCCAUGGCGUUGGGUGCAGCCAAAGGACUAGAAUAUCUGCACAGUAUGGUGCCCCCUUUCCUACACAUGCACUUCAGAACAAGUAAUGUUCUUGUAGAUGAAAAUUUUGUUGCCAAAGUUUCUGAUUUUGGACUAUCCAGAUUACUGGAUGAGAGUAGCCGUGCUGGAUCAUCUGCAGCCAUUGAUUGCUUUCUUGACCCGGAGUUGAGAUUGUCACCUGAUUUUUCUGAAAGAAGCGAUGUGUACAGUUUUGGGGUCUUCUUACUGGAGUUAGUGAGUGGGCGUGAAGCUUUCUGUAGGAACCUGGCAGAAUCUGAGCAGAAUCUAGUAUCUCUGGCUAAGGACAUUUCUGAUCUCAACUGGUUAGUUGACAAGACAUUAAGGAAUGGUGCAGAAGAUGCCAUUCAACGGAUGGUGAAUCUGGCAUUACAGUGUUUGGGUAACAGUGUAAGAAGGCCAACAAUGAAGAGGGUGGUUAGGGAGCUAGAGGUGAUCCAGGAGAGAGUAAUGGGUCAUCAGCAUGCUGAUAUGGUUGAAGACAUUGGUGUUGUAACUUUGGGGAGUGAACUUUUCAAGUGAACCCUUCUCCCUCACUCAACAAUUGUGAUCAUUCUUUUAUUGGAUUUAUUGAUUUUAAUUAAAAGUCUCGAAAGUAAAUUAAGUUUUGAACAAAU